UCAGUUUUGUUUGCACACAUAAACAUUUUGAUCUGUUUCAUCUGUACAUUUGCCUGGUCAGUAGCACCAGCUAUCAGUUCGAGGUGGAAGAGCGCUAGGGGACAGUUGUUGAUCAUGGAUAUUCGACCAAACCACACCAUUUACAUCAAUAAUGUAAAUGAUAAGAUCAAGAAGGAUGAACUGAAGCGGUCACUCUAUGCCCUGUUCUCGCAGUUUGGGCAAGUCAUGGACAUAGUUGCCAUGAAAACCAUGAAGAUGAGAGGACAGGCAUUUGUGGUGUUCAAAGAGCUUGCAUCAGCUACGAACGCACUGCGUCAACUUCAAGGAUUCCCUUUCUACAAUAAGCCCAUGCGCAUUCAGUAUGCUAAGACAGACUCAGAGGUGAUCUCCAAAAUCAGAGGCACAUUUGGGGACAAGGACAAGAAGAAGGACAGGAAGAAGAAGGCUCAAGAUCAAGUGGCCAAUGUGGCCAAGAAACCAGCACUGGGAUCAGCCAGCACAAACAACGCUCCAACAACCAUGCAGGUUCCAGACAAUCCACCCAACUACAUUUUAUUCCUUAAUAACCUGCCAGAGGAAACUAAUGAAAUGAUGCUCUCCAUGCUGUUCAAUCAAUUCCCUGGUUUCAAAGAGGUGCGACUCGUCCCUGGCAAACACGACAUCUCCUUUGUAGAGUUUGAGAGCGAGGGCCAGGCGGGAGUGGCCAAAGACGCACUGCAGGGCUUCCGGAUUACGGCCCAAUGCGCCAUGAAGAUCACUUAUGCCAAGAAGUAGUUCCCGCGAUGACGUCACUGGACAGGGGACACAUAUUGGACUCUGGGUUAGAGAUUGGUUGGACCCCCUGAUUUCCCCCCCCCCCCCCCCUUCGUUUUUAUAUGCAUCGACUGUGGAAUCUCCCAGAAGUUUUCCUAUUUUAUUUUUUACAGAUUUUUGUGCCGUCGCUGUGAGGUGGAGUGUGAAGAGAAUCCUUGAAACAUCGUCUCUAUUUUAUAUGGCACAGUAAUAAAGGACUUUUGUGUAACGGUGGUGCCUCAGAUGCUUCCUCUGACAUGUUCCGAAUUUAUAGCCCUGGUCCCGAAGGCCCCAAAAGGACAGCUGGUGAUUGUAGAUUCAAGCCGAAUAACAUGUAAAAAUGUAGUGUCAUGAUAUCCUUACUCUCUGAACAUAAAUGUGAAAUUGUUUUCUUCUGCAAAUUCA